CUUCGAAACUGUAUCACAGUAAUGUAACUACUAAAUUAUUUUAAAUGAAAAAAAAGGGAUAAAAUCCAACCGCUCCGAGCGAUAUUUCAAAGUCUUCGCACGAAUGCGCAGUUUUCUCUCUCUUUCAAUUUCGAUCUCAAUGGCAAAAACAGAGAAGAAAGCCCGAGAGAGGAGCGGGCCUUCUUCGUAUAUUCUCGCAUGUUUCGGAUUUUCCCGGAAAAUAUACUCGGACAAGCCGGUGGUUGAGGCGGAAGACAGUGGUGAGAAGAAGAUGAAGAAAAAGAAGCGAAGUAGGUGGCUUUUAUGUUCCAAGUUUCGCCUGAAGAACGGUGAGAUCAAACCGGCGCCGAUCGAGCAAACAGAGAAAUCGGCUUCGAGGGUAGAAGGUGAAACUGAUAACCAGAAACCCGUCCCGAUGAUAAGUCGUAUGACUGAUCGUAAGAAUAUUCCGGUUGAUGAGAAAGCCGUGAACCAGGAAACCAAAGAGACCAAACCGAAGGACUUACGAGACAGACCCACCGACCGAUCAAACUCCAUUGAAUCGUUGGGUUCCUCUAAAGAAGACACGUGUCCUGUGCAGAUAUCCGAUUCAUCAACGCGUUACGGGAAACCCGAUUCGAAGCCGUCUCGGGCGAAAAACGGGUCACGGGUCGAAAAGUUUGACCCGGUAGUUGGGAUAUCGAUCAUUAUAUUGACGCUAAUGAUUAUGUUGAUUUGGGGACGACUCUGCGCGAUUCUCUGUACAUCCGCUUGCUGCUACUUUCUACCUCGUCUUAGAGACGCAGCCGCGUUAGCAAAACGCAAACGCAGCAGUAGUGACGGUUCUGCGUAUGUGCCGGAUUUGAAUUCAGAGUUGUACAAAAGAAAAGUCGUUUUGGAUGGGUUUCUUGGACGGCAAAAUCGCGUUUCGUUGUUGUGACGAUCUCUUUUUUUUUUUUUUUUUUUCAUUUGUUUCUAUAUUAUAAUGGUUUGGUCAUAUUUUUGUUUUUUAAAAAACGCAGGGAUAAACCGUGUUUCCGUUUAAUAACGAUGAUUGACCGAUUGUGAAUGGAUGCAUCUAAGUGAAGUGUUAUAUAUUGUCUGUGGUUUUGUACCCGUCAAAAUAUAGCAGCAUAUUUUUGUAAUCUAUAAAUUUUCUUGGUUCUGUUAACAUC